AUGGGUUUAUCACCUCUUUUUUCACAAAUAAAUAAAAAAAAACAGUCAAUGCCGGAACACAACGAGCCUUCAAGGGUAACUCAUGACGAUUUUACGAUUGUACAAGGUCUUAUGGCGGCGAACCCACUCGGUAUAUCGUUUCUCGCUCCAUCUAGUCUAGCUGAACUGGAACACGUCUCUGCAAAACAGUAUUUAGAAUAUCCAGCAAAUUCCUUGGAUAAACGAGGCUCACUACAGCUGUUACCAUCGAAUAACACAUGGAUCGAGUCAAGUGAAGUAACAAAAAGAGGACUGACUAAGUAUGAUGAAAAGGCUGAACGAUUCAACUUCAUCAGAGAAUAUAACAACCUAGCAAUAAAGUAUGGUAUACGCCCAAUUUUCCCCGAUGCAUUCCGGACAUCAAGAGACGUGAGAAAAAACUUCUCCACAAAGCCAGGCAACUGGUUUUCGCGGAAAAUCUUAAGACGACAAUCCGCGACUCAAAAUGUAAAACAGAAGCCUGAACGUCUUCUUAGACACAAAAGAAGCUACAGUGACCUAUCUCUGCGGCUCAACAUUAAAAAGGACAAACUAAAAGACAAGGAUCUAGAGGAGUUAGUUAGACUCUGUGGAGCUAGCUUAUUGUACCUACCUACUGAGUAUUCUGUAGGUAGCUUAAGCCUACCCACGUGCUUUAGAGCUACCACCCAAUAUCUCAUCCAGUACGGAACAACUACAAAGGGUCUCUUCCGAAUUCCAGGCUUGCACAGUGCUGUAACGGAGCUUUAUAAUUACUACUGCUACCACGACGUGCGCGAAGAUGCUAUUUCUGGCACGGUACGAUGUCCUACUAUACCGAAGCAUAUUAAGUGUGAUGUUUAUGAUGUAGCCUCUGCCCUUAAAAAAUUUCUUGCUGGACUUCCUGGGGGCAUACUUGGCUCCCUAACUCUUUUCGACAUAUUUAUAUCGAUCCAGUCUUGGUCAAAUGGAUCUUCAGAACAUUCUCAGACCAAACAGGCAAAGAUUCGUGCAAGGCUUAUCGCUUUGGCUAUACUGAGUCUAGAUUCAGAAUAUCAACGGGACUUGAUUUGUGCAAUAUUUGGGUUUUUAUGCAUGAUCGGGCAUAUUGCUGAAACCAUGUGUCAAGAUAAAGAUGGUGUCAAAUCUCUUCCGGCACCUGAUAUGAUGAAUUAUAGUUCAUUAGGUGUAGUUUUUGGUCCUAUUUUGGCAGGUGAUCUUUUGGAAGACUAUACCAUAAAACUAGCCAAUCCAAAAGGGAACUUAGUUUUGCUACCUAUGAGUCCCCCAAAAUCAAGAAAAGAACGAAAAAAAAAACAUACUCCUGCCUGCGGAGAAUGGAACAUGUUUAACACGCGUGUGGAUAAAAUCAAGAUUGCUAAUGGUGUAACAGAAAUGCUUAUAGCUAACUGGCGUGAUGUUGUCCAUCAAAUGAGAGACUUGAACUUAUCCAGAAAUAUCUGUGUACAAGGCAUCAUAACUCGAGAUCCUAAGCAAACAGAUCUACGACCGUCAGUUUCAGAGUUGUUCUCUUCGAGAAAACCGCCAGCUUGGAACGAGUCUUUUGUUGCACAAAAUGAGAGCAGAAGUAUUUCAUAUACUUCUACAAGAAAACACCGUCAAAGCGCCGCCUAUAAGCCAGCACAUAUACAAAUAAUGUCGGGUUUGCUUAGUGCCGAAAAGUUAGAAGAUGUCGAUCUCAAAAUUGAGAAACAGAGCUCUACCCCAAGAUCGCUAUUAAUAAAAUGUAAUAUAGGAGCUAAAUCACUCUCUGUCAUGUCAUCAAACCCUAAAGAAUUCUCAGAGAAACCGCGUUGUUCGUCAACCCGGGUUACCGUUCGAAAAUUUGAUCUAUCCAACUCUACUCCUAGACCACAAAGUAGCCCACCUGAGAUAAGUACAAACAACGAAAUUAUCCCAAAGAAUUCACUAAAUUCUGCAUCUUCAAGAAUUGAAUGUAAUGCAAAAUAUCAAGAUGAAAGUUUUACACAACCUGACUACGUCGAGUCAAAAAUCGAUAACACUCAAAUAAUCUCUGGUAAUUCACGUGAGAAUCCUGCCUCAACUCAAAAAAACCAAGCGUCUUCACCCAGCAAUCGGAACGAAGAUCAAUUACAGUACAGUUGCAGUAUAGAUAAAGCUAUGAUGGGUACACUAGAAGCUCCCCGGCUUUAUUAUCAUUCUGCUUCCAAAACAUCUAGGGCCCGAAUCACACCUACAAAGACAUCUCACCAUAAGUCAAAUCAGUUACGUCAAAAUUGCCUCACUGAAAACUCACUUGCGUAUUUUAACCAAUCACAAUGUAUUCCUUUCAACUCACUUCAAAGCUCGUAUCUUGAUAUCUCGAGCGGAAUACGUCGCGAAUUAGAGAGUGCUUCUGUGCCUAACACAACUAAAAUGUCAUCUUUCUGCGAUGAAUGGAAGAGCAUGAAUUCACCUAAAUCCAGUUUAGAGCAAUCCACAAACUUAGAAAAGGGCUCAAAGCUCUCGAACAAAUGCUCGCUAAUGACGAUUUCUCAAAGAUUAGAACUUGCUCCGAUAAAAGAUAUUGGGGAUAUUUUUAAACUUAGAUUUGGUGAUCGUGGAAACAAGCAGCAUGAGAUAGACCGUGAGCAAUCAAUUUGCCAUAGUUUAGUCUCCCCACUUCACGCUGAAACUACUAGGCGAAAGUUUGGGUUGAAUCACGCCAGAAAUGAUGAUUUGAACUCAAGCAUAGCUACAACUCAAACAGAAAUAAAUCGCAGCAAAAAAAUGUCAGAUUUGUUAGCCAUUUUCAGCAGUGACGGCUCUGUCAAUCCUUUAUCCUCUCCUGCGCGAGCGGACUCUUCUUCUGGAUCUACGCACGAACAUGGCUCGGAAAACCCUGAUGAUAAUUUUUUUUCUAGAAAUGAAAAACUUCUGGCUGCUUACACAACAAACUCGAUAUCACCCACUAAGAUUAAAAAACUAAUUAAACCAAGCUGCGCUCUAAAUACAGUCCCAAUUACAUAUUCGUCCAAUCACCAUCUUCAUGUCAAGCUUCGGAAAUCUUCCAGGGGGUCUUUGGCACCAAAACCUGAGCAGCAUAAACUUGCAGAAAGCAACUUUCCAUUGUCGCCAGGCCCGAAAUCAAAGAAAACGAAAGGAAUAUCUACCAUUUUAAAUAUACCGAACCCAUACCACCUCUGCCGCUGGACUGCAAAAAAAUCAGCUGAUGAAUUUGAUCCCUUCCAAAGACAACUCUCUCAGCUCCCUAGACCAUUUUCCGCGCCACAAAAAUUUCAAAAGCAGAUGAAAAUAGAUCAUAGUAUAAAUAAAUCAAGAAGAGACCUCAUUCGGAUAGAAACUGAUCCAGAUUUAAAGGUUCCGCUGACUCAUCUGGAUGUUGAAAGCUCAUCUUCAUACAGAACCCCAUCCCGAAAAAUAAAUUCUGGCUCUCCAAGCUCAUUGCAGACAUUUAAAAAUCAAUUUGAGCCACAUUCGUGUGAAGGAUGUACUAUGUGCCACGAGCCAGAGGCGUUAACGGGCUUUAUGCCACCAAAUUUACUAUUUCAAGAAGCUAGAUCUGUUUAUUCCCCUGCUAGUCUGAAAACAAGCUCCACGCCUGGCCGAAGCAAUUCAGUAUUAUAUGGCAGAGUUAGACACCUUCAAAGACAAUUAGAUUUGAAAUGUGAGGAGGUGUAUAAGCUAAGACAACAACUUAAUAUUCGCCAAGAAAUUGAUAUUGGAACCCUCAGCGCACAAGUCCAAGAGAUGAGGAAGCUUGUACAGUUUUGGCAAGAAAAAGCAAUGAAUCUGGAGAAACCCUUCCGUUCUGUCGAUCAUCUUUUCCCUGAAAAGCUUUCAUGUGAGAAGUUGCACCACAAAUUCUGCUCACACAGCUCUCUUAAAUCUGAGCCUUGUCAGACCGUCAUAGAUGCUAAUACGGCAAAGUCACUUCCGGCCCCAUUACUAUCCCGCACAGGCAGUAGUCAACGCCUCAUGUUUCCCAAUACUUCGGAGAAUAACUUGAAAAGCCAAGUAUCAGAACUGAGGGACCUAAGACUGGCUACAACCGGGAGUGAAUAUAGUAUGUGGCUGAAGUACGGCUCUAGUAUUAUUGGAUCUGGGAGUUAUGGACAAUGA